GAGUGAAUGCAUGCAUUCAUUCAUUCAUCUUCAUGAGAGGCUGGUUCUACAUCACAUCUCCCGUGAUUGUUAAUGAAGAAAGGGUUAGGAUUAGGAUACACGACAGCAUUUGGUAUAAGUAAUGAGCUUUUCUAAAGUAAAGUCUAAAGGAUGGAAAUAAAAAAUACUAACCCUUUUUUUAAAGGACACUUAUUAAUAAUACAAAUCCCCAUAAAACACAAAAUAAAAUAAAAAGGAAAGCAAGAAACCCCAAAAAGAAAAAGAAGCAAGCAAGAGAUCCCCUUAUUCUACUCGGACCGCUGUUUGGAAGACCCAAAAGGAGAGUGUGAGAUGGGCCUUUCUCACCAGCAGGCAACGGCUACAUUCUCCUCCCUAUUCUUCUUCUUCUUCUUCUUCUUCUUCUACCUCUUCAUGUUGGUCAUAGCAUCAGGUUUGACCAGUAGUAGCAGCAGCAGCAGACAGUUGGAGUGGAGGUCUGGCACAGCCACCUACUCCAAAGACACAGCUGCCUCCAUCCUCACUGGUGGAGCUUGUGGUUAUGGAGAUGUAAUAGAGUCUGGGUUUGGGAAGAUGAGCACCGGAGUGAGCGGUGCUUUGUUCGACAAGGGAAAAGCCUGCGGUGCGUGCUACGAGGUCCGUUGCGUGGAUGACAUCCGGUGGUGCCUGCUGGGCAGCCCUUCUAUUGUGGUCACUGUCACUGACUUCUGUGCUCCCAACUAUGGCCUUCCUAGUGACUUUGGUGGCUGGUGUAACUUCCCCAGAGACCAUUUUGACAUGUCCCCUCUUUCUUUCUCUUCUAUUGCUCGCAUUAAGGCUGACAUUGUCCCUGUCCAGUUUAGGCGGGUCAAGUGUGGGAGGAGUGGGGGAGUGAGGUUUAGAGUGACGGGGAGCUCGUACUUCUUCCAGGUUCUGAUCAGCAACGUUGGUUUGGAUGGGGAGUUGGUGGCCGUUAAGGUCAAAGGUUCAAGGACAGCAUGGAUCACCAUGGCUCGGAACUGGGGCCAGAACUGGCAAUGCAAUGCGGAGCUUAGAGGCCAGCCUCUCUCCUUCGAGCUCACCAUCAGCAGUGGAUCAACCUUGACUUCCUUCAGCGUUGCCCCUUCGCAUUGGCAAUAUGGACAAAGUUUUGAAGGAAACCAGUUUGAAGAAGACUAUUAAUUCGGUCCCAUGUAUUAAUGUUUCCACCACCACCACCACCACCACCGCUUUGUCUCUAAUUUGUACAUGAGCCCAUCAUAUGUA